UCUUGAACACGAAGUGCUGACCGAAAGAGGAAAAUCAAAGGCUUUUGAAUUGAAGUUCUUUCUCCACCUUAUUGGCCCACACGUCUCAGAUCCUCUCCGGAAUUCUGUGUUCGAGAGAAUCCCAUCCCACCCAUGCUAUUCAAUUUCCUCGAAUUUCUUUCUUUCGAUUCAAUCUAGGGUUUUUUUCUUCCUUUGGUUCUUCUAAUCUGGGAAAGUAUCUUCGAUCUAGGUUUUGAUCCGGAACAACGAUGAUUCAGCUCCUGUACACAGUGAUCUUCGCCGAAGUUGCGUUAAUCAUGACGCUUCUCUUCAAGACGCCUCUUCGGAAGCUUGUGAUCAUGACGCUCGAUCGGAUCAAGCGUGGUCGCGGACCCGUCGUCGUCAAAACCAUCGCCACCACCGUCUUCGUCGUCCUUUUGUCCAGCGUUUACAGUAUCCUCAAGAUCCAGCGAGGAUCCGUGGAAUCUGGCGUCCUCAGUCCCACCGAUCAGAUCCUCAUGGCGAAACACAUGCUCGAAGCUUCUCUAAUGGGAUUCGUGCUCUUUCUCUCUCUGAUGAUUGACCGGCUCCACCAUUACAUCAGAGAACUCCGCUUGCUGAGGAAGACAAUGGAAACUGCAAAGAAACAAAACCGGGGUUUCGAGGAUGGGAAAAACGCAAGCGCUGAGGAAGUCAAAGCCCUCGGGGAGGAAGUUGCGGCGUUAAAGGCGAAGAUAAAGAGAUUGGAGUCUGAAUGCGAAACGAAAGGAAAAGAGCUGAAAUCCGCUCAAGCCGAAACAGAGGCUCUGAGAAAGCAAGCGGACGGGUUCCUUCUGGAGUAUGACAGGCUUCUUGAGGACAACCAAAAUCUCAGGAACCAGUUGGAGUCGAUCGACCAGGGCCCGGGUGGAAAGAAGACAAUGUGAGAGGAGGGAACAUUUUGUGAAAUGAAGCAAACACCAAGGUUAAAGUUACAUGUAAUAUCUCAUGUAGAGCAAUGUUGAAUGAAGAGGUUUGAUCCUUCUUCGACCUCGACUCUUUACAAAGUUUUGAGUUUA